AUGUAAUAAACAAAAGCAUAAUAACUCAAAUAAAAAGGUAAUGAAGCAUUCAAAUUGGAAAAUUAUAAUGAUGCCAUAAAAUUAUAUUCUGAAGCAAUAGUAUUAUUGUAAAUGGAAUUUAGAUGGAAGAUAAUACUGAGAGUGUAUAUUACUCAAAUAGAGCUUUAUGUUUUUAUAUUUAAGAGAAAUAUUAAGAAUCAUAUGAUGAUGCAACAGAAGCUGUCUAAUUAAAUGAGAAAAACAUAAAAGCUCAUAUGUUGGUUGGAUAAUCAAUUUGCAUGUUAGCAAAAUAUAAAUUAGAUAGUUCUAAAAUUGAUAUUGCAAUAGUUAGAAUAUUAAAAGGUUAAUAUAUAUUUAUAUAAAAUAAAAGCUCGUACACUUUGUGCUGGUUAAAAAAAAUAAGAAUAUGAGAAAGAGAUUGAUGAGAAAAUAAAUAAAGCAAAGAAGAUGAAAUGGUUUAUUUAAUAGGAAGAGGUUAGAAUUAAGAACUUAGAAAUAGUAUAACAAUUAUAAGAAGAAAUAAAAAAAGAUGAUAGAUUAAAUGAGAAUGAAAAAUAGAUAACAUUGAAAAAAAUUGACAAAUAUAUUAUAAACGAAAAACCAGAUUUAGAAAUUCCUGAUUAUUUGAAAUGCCAUUUAACAUAAAAAUUGUUAAUUGAUCCUUGGACAACAGAAGCUGGAUAUUCUUAUGAGAAAAAUGAACUAUUUAAAAUAGAUCCUUUAACAUUUGAUCCAUUUACUAAGUAUAAAAAAUGAUUAAAAAAAAAGAACGCCAAUAAAUGCAAAGAAUAUAUAUUCAAAUAUUAAUUUAAAAAAGGCAGCAAAUGAAUUUUUGUUAAUAAAUCCAUGGGCAUUUGAUUAUAAUGCAAAUUAAAGUUAUAAAGAUAUAGCAAUAUGA